AUGCUCGGCCACAACAUCGCCCUCUUCGACGCUCCCAAGCCCUACGGCCUCAUGUGCCUGACGGUCACCAUCAAGGAAGCGCGCCAAACGCACGCCACUUCAGUGUACGCCCGAAUCAAGGUUCGCGACGACGUCCAGCUCCACACGGCGAGUGCCAACAACGACUGGAACGAGACCUUCCACAUUUACGUCGCCGAGCCCCGCGACGAGACGCUGUCCGUCCAGCUCAUCGACACCUCGGCGUGGUUCAGCGGCGACGCCGGUGCCUGCACGAUCCCGCUGGCUGGUCUCUUGAGCGGCGCUUCUGUCGAUGCGUGGUUCCCCCUCACGGUUCGCGGCACGCAGCAGGGCGAGGUACGCUUGGGGCUGCAGCUCCGUGGUGAUAUUGCGACGUACGUCAAGGUGCAGCGUAUUGACGUGACCAAGGCGCAGCCACUCGCAUCGCCGGUCGGGACUACCGCGGCGGCGGCAUAG